AUGCCCCCCAAAGACGCAAAGGGCUCGAGGUUGCCCUUUACGAGGGUCUCCGAUUCAACGGUUCAUCAGACCGAUUCAUCUCGAGCAAAGAAAGCAACCACGGCCUGCGAAGCCUGUCAGAAACGCAAGUCGAAAGUCUGCACCCCGUCACAAGCAUCAAAGUCCGUGCUGACACCAUCAUGCGUCAUCAACGCAGACAAUGAUGGUCGUCGACGCAUCACCCUCAAACGUAAAAUCGAAUCCCUAGAGCAGGACCGGAACCUUUUUGAACGAUUGGUGGAGGUUCUUCGAGAUGACGAUGAGCGACAAGUUUCGGGCAUUCUCAACUUAAUUCGAAGCAACGCAUCGAUGGACAAGAUCCGGUUAUCCAUGAAUGAGAAUCGGAAUACAAGUCCUCCGCACAAUAUCCAGACCAAGAGUCCAACGUCCUCUUCGAGAAGAUUCAUGGAUGUGAGGCGUAUCUCAGAUAUUCCUCUCUAUGAGGUACCUGCGCGGCCGUGGACCUCUGUUACAAACGAUGAUUUCUUCGUUUCACACCUUGUCUCUCACUAUUUCACUUGGCAGCACGGUACUUUGAAUUGGAUUGACCGUGAGUUGUUCCUAGCGGAUAUGAGAACUGGCAAUAAGAGCUCUCGUUUCUGUUCGCCGUUGCUGGUCAACAUCAUGCUAUCUUGUGCAUGUUUUUACUCCGACUAUCCUGAAAUAUUUGCCAUACCUGAUGAUCCCAGUACCCGAGGUGAACACUUUCUAGAAGAAGCUAUGCAGCACCUGGUACUAGAAAAAGAUCGACUAUGCCUUACCACACUUCAAGCAUGGGGAGACAUCUAUACCAUUGCCUGUAUUAAGGGCAAGGAUAAACUCAGCUCCCAAUACCUGAUAAAGAUAGCAGACUGCCUCAGUUAUGCUAUGAACCACCGACAUGAAAUGAUAUGUGAAGCCAAUGAACAGUCCCAAGAAAUGGCAAGGUCAAUUGAUACUGCAAUCUUUGGUUUAUUCAGUCAUUAUUCCGGUUCCAUUCUAAGCCUCCAGAAACCAACCAUCAUCCAGAAACCCACCACGCUCGAAUAUUUCCCUGAAAACCACGACCUCGAAGACUCUUGGACGCCAUAUCCUCAUCAAGGCGGGCCCGUCGCUGCUCAUACAAACUGUUUGAAAAAUGCGCUGUUUGUACAGGGGCUGAUCAUGUGGGAAAUUUGCAAUCAUCUGUUUGAUGGCGAGACGAUAAUGAGAGUCGAUCCUGAGGUCAUCAAUAAUUUCCACCAACGCUUGGAGAGCUGGGCCAAGAACCUUCCACGAUGCAUCCAACUGGGAUAUGCGUCAACGCCGGGUGUCAUGGAGAUGCACAUGCGCUACCACAAUACAAUCAUACUCAUAUUCGGCUUCAUAACACCAAUCAUGAGAGGAGACGAAAUAACAACAAAUGACCGCAUCAAGAGACUACGAACAGCAUCAGCCCGCCAUAUCGGCUGCAUUCUCAAUCAAUUCCGCUCUCUCUGGCCAGUGGAGUGUAUGCCCAUUGCAGCAAUGCAGUACGCUACGACUGCGCUAUUCACUCUAUUUGAAGAUCUGGAAGAUGUCGAAAACCAAAGGUUCUUUACAGAUACUGUAAUCACCCUUCGGGCCCUCGGUCGCCGAUGGCAGUUUGCGAAAGGACUGUUUCGGCUUGUGCAACUAACGACUUUGAAAGAGAACACUUCACUGCCAAGUGAUACCGUGGCUGUCUUGAGAGAUGUACUGUCGCGCUCUGGUGGGGCUCAUAAGGUUGAGAGUGACGCUGCAGCCUGGCCAUUAUGA